AUGGGGCCAGAAGCAAUACUGUUCUUAUUGCAACCAUCAUUCUUCUGCAUUUUUCCCUUGUUAUUUCUCAUUACAUUUCUUUUCAAAUGGUUGUCCACAACUCCAACCACCCACAGAAACCUACCACCAUCUCCCCCCAAGCUCCCAAUUAUCCGAAACCUUCACCAACUCGGGUUAUACCCCCACCGGUCACUUCAAUCAUUAGCUCGACAACAUGGUCCUCUCAUGCUGCUUUGUUUUGGCAGUGUAAAAGUGCUUGUCGCCUCCUCUAUUGAUGCAACUCAUGAGAUCAUGAAAACCCAUGAUCGGAUCUUCUCAAACAGGCCUAGAUCAAGCAUCCCUAGUACACUGCUCUACAACUUUAAGGACAUAGCAUUCGCUCCUUAUGGCGAGUAUUGGAGGCAGGUAAAAAGCAUUGCAGUGCUCCAGCUUCUAAGUCACAAGAGAGUUCAGUCAUUUCGAAAAGUGAGAGAAGAAGAAACAGACCUUUUGAUUGAGAAGAUCAGAGAGGCAUUGUCUUCGUCUUCAUUAAUAAAUUUUAGCAACAUGUUUAUGUUGCUUACAAACGAUGUGGUGUGCAGGGUUGCAUUAGGAAGGAAGUACAGUGUAGGGGAUGUUUUCAAUGUGGGGGACUGUAUCCCCUGGCUCGGGUGA